AUGAAUCAGGACGAACAGAGAGAUCAUUCUGGGUAUAAGCGGCCAAUGUGUCUGGCUUUUCAGUCUGAGAUCCUCGAUACAACGAUAGAAUUCUUCACCUUCGUUCGUCAGGACAAGCUGGAUCUGUAUUCACCUCUGCUCCCUUCAUCGUUAACCUCCCGAAAUAAUGUCAGCAUUGCGGCCAACUUUUCUCGUGCUGAAUCACUUCUGAUGCGAGAGGAGCGUUCUGGUACCUUAGAGAACAUAGACCUUCUAGUUCUGCCAGAACUUGCAUUCACAGGCUAUAACCAUCCGUCCUUGGCUGCUAUUGCUCCCUAUCUGGAACCGACAGCAGACGGACCUUCAACACGCUGGGCGAUAAGAACCGCCAAGCGCCUCAAAUGUACUGUCGCUGUUGGAUAUCCCGAAGCUGCAACAUCGCUCAGUCCAAGUGGCGAGAGCGGUGGAAACUGGAACACUGCUUACGAUGCCAAGAUCACAGCUGAUGAAGGCACGAUUGCUUACAAUUCCUUAGUCUUUGUCGAUGCGGAAGGACAAGUCGUGGCUCAUCAUCGCAAGCGCUUUCUCUACUAUACCGACGAAGCGUGGGCUCAAGAGGGGACUAGCUUCUAUUCGGGCGUUCUGCCCAUGGGCAAUUCUGGUAAACGUGUAAAGGCUGCAGCUGGAAUAUGUAUGGACGUCAAUCCAUACAAGUUUGAAGCUCCAUGGACAGCCUACGAGUUCGCGAACCAUUGUAGGACAGCGAAAGCUAAAGUCGUGGUCUUGAGUUGUGCAUGGUUGACAAGACUAUCGGCACUUGAGCUUCUCGAGGAGUCUGUGAGGCCCGACAUGGAUACUCUAAGUUACUGGAUCGAACGCUUUCGACCAUUGGUCGAGGCUAAUGGCGCAGAAGAAGAAGUGAUCGUUGUAAUUGCGAACAGAACAGGCGACGAAGGCGAAGCACCGAGGAUCGGCGAGGUUAGAUAUGCAGGAAGCAGCACAGUCAUGGGCUUAAAGAAGAGCGACAAGCAUGGCAAUGCACAAGUCAAAAUUUGGGAUGUGAUGGGACGUGCGCAAGACGGACUUCUGAUCAUCGACACUAACACACCAGCAAAAUUUAGUGUCAAGAGACAGGCACAACCUGAGAUGCCGAAUGUGGCAGAAGCAGAUCUAGAGCACAAACCGGUCAUGGAAACAGCCUUUGCAGCGAGCUGA